AUACACACACACACGCACGCACGCACACUCUCUCUCUCUCUCUCUCGCUCUCUGUGCAAUUGGUCACUCUGUCUGUAUCCACAAUCCAUGGCUAAUUCAGAUUUGUCCACGGUUUUACCUCGGGUUCUUAUCGUCUCCCGACGAACCGUCCGCAAGAACAAGUUUGUAGAUUUUGUGGGAGAAUAUCAUCUAGACCUAAUAGUAAGCUAUGGAGCAGUACCUGUCAUCGUCCCAAGAGUCAGCGGAGUCCACAUGCUGCUCCAAAGCUUCGAGCCAAUCCACGGAGUCCUUCUCUGCGAAGGCGAAGACAUCGAUCCAUCCCAUUACGAUGCGCAGCUCUCCGGUUUCUCUCCCGGAGAGCUAGAAGAGAUCAGAAAGCUCCAUGCUAGCGACACCGCCAUCGACAAAGAGAAAGAUUCAAUAGAACUAGGGCUUGCAAAGCUAUGCCUAGAAAGAAACAUCCCGUACUUGGGAAUAUGCAGAGGCUCCCAAGUCCUUAACGUCGCGUGUGGCGGCACGCUCUAUCAAGACGUUGAUAGCGAGCUCUCGAAGGAAUGCCCGGAAAAUACUCAAAGAGUUGCUCACAUAAGCUAUGAGAAUUACGACGAGCAUAGGCAUGUGGUGAAGGUGGUGGAAAAUACGCCUUUGCAUGGAUGGUUUAAAGACUCCUUGGAUGGUGAGAGAAUGGAGAUAUCUGUGAAUAGUUAUCACCAUCAGGGGGUGAAGAGAUUGGCGCCGCGGUUCGUGCCGAUGGCUUUCUCUCCGGAUGGUUUGGUUGAAGGAUUUUAUGAGCCGGAUGCUUAUAAUCCCGACGAGGGUAAGUUUAUCAUGGGGCUUCAGUUUCAUCCGGAGAGAAUGCGAAAACCCGAUUCGGAUGAUUUUGAGUAUCCAGGAUGCCCGUCUGCAUAUCAGGCACGAACUGAAUUUCUUCUAGUUUGUCAUGAAUUUGUCAAAGCAGUGAGAGCUUACGAAAAGAAGCUCAAUGGAACCACAGCAUGUGUGCCAAAAUCUCCAAAGCUUAACCAUGAUCAAGAGAUGAAGAGAAGGAACAUCGUAACGAGCCUCUCAGUAGCAAGAAACAUGUACUCGAAGCGUGGAAUUGUUUCCGGAAGAGAGUCUGAUCAACUCGACGUCGGAGCUGAGUUUCUGGAGUAUCAGGCUAAUACGGCAUUGAGCUUGCAGCAAGAGACAAGGCUGAAGCAGAUGGGGGCAACAGUAAGAAACGCUUCUGCAUACAUGAAACAACUGAAGAUGUGCGAGGAGAGGGAGAAAGUUGCGAAGGCCUUCAUCGGGAAGAUGUCGAUAGAGCAGAUAUCUGAUCUGACGUCGUUUUACCGGACGAAGAGUCGGAUAUGUUCCAAGGCCUUGGAGACAAAGUUUCAUGACUUGCUGCUUGAAAACGAUGCUGAUUAA